UCGAAGCGACAUCUGUGGUGCAAACUCUAAAUUUCGUUGUCGACCGCUUCACUGCGCGCGGUCGAUCCGGGUCGCAAGAAUCGUCUGUGUUCCCGCACACAUUUAUGAUACUCGCAGGAUUUUAAAACACAGAUACAGGCGAUCACACGUGUGUCAAAAUGUCCAAUCUCGCUCGCACUUUUCGCCCUUUCCUAAGAUGCGUCCGCAGCCAGAGGAGAACCUACGCGGACGCAGCCGGUAAUGAAAUGAAGUUUACGUUUGCUGGUGCUAAUCAGGUGUUCUACGAUCAAGCUGCAAUCCGCCAAGUCGAUGUACCUUCCUUCUCAGGUGCCUUUGGCAUUCUACCAAAGCAUGUGCCUACACUGGCGGUUUUGAAACCUGGUGUAGUUACAGUUUAUGAAGAGGAUGGCUCGACUAAAAAAAUAUUCGUUUCCUCUGGUACAGUUACUAUUAAUGAAGAUAGUAGUGUACAGAUUCUAGCAGAGGAAGCCCAUCCACUAGAAAACCUUGACGGUUCGGCAGCGAGAGACGUUCUUAAUAAAGCUCAGCAGCAGCUCUCUUCGGCAACGUCGGACAUAGAUAAGGCUGAAGCAAGUAUUGCAGUGGAAGUUGCAGAAGCUCUUGUGCAAGCUACACAAUAAAUAUUAUAAUAUGAAAUUACAUAUACAUAAAUACUUCGAUACUCUAUCAAUUAGAAACAGGCAUGUGUUCAACACAUUCUUAUGUAUUAUAAUAUUUGUUGUAUGAUAGUGUAACAAUAAAAAUGUGUUAAAUAAUGUA